AUGGGAAGAGCUAGAUUCGGACAUGGCCAAAUGCUGCAAACUGUCAAUGGAUCAAGGUUUUCCGGGAUUGUUUACCCUUUCCAUCACCGCCUGAGGCCAGUCACUGCGCUCUUCGCCAUCAUCUUCAUUUGGCUGCUUGCUUUUGCCAUCAUUUUUCCUUCUGCUGCAACCCUGACCGUCAUUCACUUGGAUGACAUCUACAUGGUGCAGGACAACCAAAUCUACCCACUGUUUGUGUGUUUCGAGGACUGGCCGAGAGCAGACAUGCGACGAGUUUACACCACAGUAAUUUUCAUCCAUGUUUAUCUGGCCCCGCUUGGUCUUAUGAGCAUCAUGUAUGGCUGCAUCUCUGGCAAACUCUCCAACAACCUACGUGAGAAUCGAGCUCGCUCCAGGAGGAGGAUGAAAGUCAUCAAGAUGCUCAUCAUGGUUGCCGUUCUCUUCAUGGUGUCCUGGCUGCCGCUUUGGACUUUAAUGCUUCUUACGGACUAUCAGGAUCUGGACCGCCAACAGAUUGACUUCUUGAGCAGCUAUCUUUUUCCUGUAGCUCAUUGGCUGGCGUUCUUCAACAGUGGGGUUAAUCCGAUCAUCUACGGCUUCUUCAACGAGAACUUCCGGAGAGGAUUCCAGGCCGCCAUGGCCUGCGGCUCCUGCAACUCUUUUGAGUUUGAGAUGUGUCACACGCACUUUGCUCUCCCGCCCCCUAACAAAGUAUCCAAUGAGAGCCAAGGUGUGACCAACAGGCGGAAAGAUUGCUGCUUUGCUGUGAUGCCUCAAGUGGCGGCUAAUGGUAUUCAGGAAAUUCUCCUUGAGAACAUGAAUGGAAUUACAGCCUCCCACAGAGUUAUAGGAGCCUGGAUGGAGUGAAGGAUUAAGGAGUUUUACAUAUCCCAGGAGAAAGCUGUUGCAUUGCCAUUCUUCUCAAUGACUCAAAUUGCUCAGUUUGCUUCAUAGAUAAUCAUUCCCCAAACAUGUGAUUCUGAACUUUUCAACCUUUUUGUAUGUUGCUCGCACUACUUUUGCACUACAACUACUUGUAGUGCAACUACAAGUGUAGUUG